AUCCUCCUGCUGGCUCUCCGCGGGCGGCUUUGUCAGGGCUCAGCGCGUCCCUGCAGCUGCUGGGAGAGGAGGAGACUGGGCGGCUGCCUGUGGGUGCCGCGGAUCGUCGGGGCGGGCCAGGGAGGCGGGACCCUCCGCAGAACCCCAGGGCUUCAUUCUUGGGCUAAUUGGCUCGGGAAGCACAACCAGGUCCUCCAGAUCGCCAAGGAGACCCCAGCCUCCUGUGGCGCGCUGUGACCGUCCGCCCCGGGGCUCCUCUGGAAGUGGCUCGGCAAGCACAGAGUUUGCCAGUGUGGGGCUGGGGGAGCCUCUGCGUUCCUGUUUGCUUUGUAAAUGAUUUUCAUCCCCAGAGGAAGGCGGAAGCCCCUGGCCAGCCUCCAACUGAGCCCAGUAAGCUCGGCUUUAAGGAUGGAGUCAAGUGGGGUGUCCUCAACCCCUCCAGGACCCAUUACUGCCCUAGGGGUGCCAGAUGCUGGGCCUGGCAGUUCCUCCCUAGGGAAGCUCCAAGCGCUCCCUGUUGGGCCCAGGGCUCACUACGGGGGCCCUGGCAGCCCGGCUGCAGCAGGGGACGGCUCUCUAGACACGGCCCCCAUGGGAGAGCAGAGUGGUAGUUUGAAGAUCCCCAACCGGGACAGCGGGAUCGACAGUCCAUCCUCCAGUGUAGCUGGAGAGAACUUCCCCUGUGAGGAGGGCUCAGAGGCUGGCCCAAGCCCCACUGCGCGGGGGGCGCACCCAGAGAUGGCCCUGCACAGCCAGGUCCCGAAGGUUACCCUCCAGGACGAGGCUGACAGCAAUGUGGGUGAGGACCCUGACCCUGAGACCACUCCCCAGAAGGCUGACGAGGACACCGGCCUGGCCCAGCACUCUGGCCCCAAGAAGCUUCUCCACAUUGCCCAGGAGCUCCUGCACACCGAGGAGACCUAUGUGAAGCGGCUACACCUGCUGGACCAGGUUUUCUGCACCAGGCUGACGGAUGCGGGGAUCCCUCCAGAAGUCAUCACGGGGAUCUUCUCUAACAUCUCCUCCAUCCACCGCUUUCACGGGCAGUUCCUGCUGCCGGAGCUGCAGACGCGGAUCACCGAGGAGUGGGACACGAACCCACGGCUCGGGGACAUCCUACAGAAGCUGGCCCCAUUCCUGAAGAUGUAUGGGGAGUACGUCAAGAACUUUGACCGGGCCGUGGGGCUGGUGAGCACAUGGACCCAGCGCUCCCCACUAUUUAAAGACGUCAUCCACGGCAUCCAGAAGCAGGAGGUGUGCGGGAACCUGACGCUGCAGCAUCACAUGCUGGAACCCGUUCAGAGGGUCCCCCGCUACGAGCUGCUGCUCAAGGACUAUCUGAAGAGGCUCCCACAGGAUGCCCCAGACCUGAAGGACGCAGAGAGGUCUCUAGAGCUCAUCUCCACGGCCGCCAACCACUCCAAUGCCGCCAUUCGGAAAGUUGAGAAAAUGCACAAGCUCUUAGAGGUGUACGAGCAGCUGGGUGGCGAAGAGGACAUCGUCAACCCGGCCAAUGAGCUGAUCAAGGAGGGCCAAAUCCAGAAGCUGUCAGCCAAGAACGGCACCGCCCAGGACCGCCACCUCUUCCUGUUCAACAGCAUGAUCCUUUACUGCGUGCCCAAGCUGCGGCUCAUGGGCCAGAAGUUCAGCGUCCGGGAGAAGAUGGACAUCUCAGGCCUCCAGGUGCAGGAUACCAACAAGCCAAAUACAGCACAUACAUUCAUCAUAACGGGAAAAAAAAGGUCCCUGGAGCUGCAGACACGGACAGAGGAAGAGAAGAAAGAAUGGAUUCAGAUCAUCCAGGCCACCAUCGAGAAGCACAAGCAGAACAGUGAGACCUUCAAGGCUUUCGGUGGUAUCUUCAGCCAGGAUGAGGACCCCAGCCUCUCUCCAGAUGCACCUAUCACAAACACCAGCCCUGUGGAGCCUGUGGUGACCACUGAAGGCUGUGGGGCUGCAGCAGGGCUCGAGCCCAGAAAACUAUCCUGUAAGACCAGACGUGACAAGGAGAAGCAGGGCUGUAAGAGCUGCGGUGAGACCUUCAACUCCAUCACCAAGAGGAAGCAUCACUGCAAGCUGUGUGGGGCGGUCAUCUGUGGGAAAUGCUCUGAGUUCAAGGCUGAGAACAGCCGGCAGAGCCGUGUCUGCAGAGACUGUUUCCUGACGCAGCCAGUGGCACCUGAGAGCCCCAGCCCCGAGGCUCUGGCUGAGCCCAAGCAGAGCACAGAGAAGAUGCCCACUGCAGACCCCCAGCCCAGCCUGCUCUGCGGCCCCCUGCAGCUGUCAGAGAGUGGUGAAGCCUGGAGUGAGGUGUGGGCCGCCAUCCCCACAUCCAGUCCCCAGGUGCUGCACCUGCAGGGAGACAGCCAGGACGGCCAGCUGCCCCUCACCAUCCCUCUCCCUGGCUGCAAACUGAGUGUUCCGGACCCUGAGAAGUGGCUGGACUCGGGCCAUGUGUGGAAGCUGCAGCGAGGCAAGCAAUCUUGGUACCUGAGUGCCCCCUCUGCAGAGCUGCAGCAGCGGUGGCUGGAGACGCUGAGCACUGCUGCCCAUGGGGACGUGGCCCAGGACAGCCCGGGGGCCCUGCAGCUUCAGGUCCCUAUGGGCACAGCUGCUCCGUGAGCUGAGCUUCCCACUGCCCUGCGCACCACCACAUUGGGCCUGUGCUGUCCUGGGAGGUGGCAUCGGAGGUCACAUGAAGAGCACCCUGAACUGCUGAGGGUGGGCCAACAGCCCAGAGCUCAGGACACUUGGCUUUGGAGGGAAGGAAACUGAGGACCAGAGAGGGACAGCCACUGGCCAAGGGUCACCCAGCAAGUCUUGGCUAAGAGCCUGGCCUCCAGCCCUAGCAGUGUGGCCUCGAGCAGGGACUGACAGCCAAAUAAUGGGCCGUGUGGUGAUGCUGGCCCUGAAGGCAGAAGGCGGCAGCAUGGGCACUGCCAGGGACCACCACAUACUGCCAUUGUGCAGUGGGGUCCACCCCUGGCUCUGCCCAGCCUGUCUACACCGUGUGAGCUGAAUCGUGACUCGCUUCCCACCUCCCUUCUCUGCCCUCUCCUGAGGUUCUGCCUGCAGCCCCCGGGAGGUGGACCUGCCCUGUCCUAGCUGGACUCAUGGUUCCUGAAUAAUCAAGCUCAGAAACUCUGCUGGGACUUGCCCCAGCCACUGGGUGGCAGGUGCAUGAGAUUUAUGGCUGUUCCUGAUGCUGGUGGCACAUCUGCAUAAAUAAACGCUGGCCGCCAGCA